AUGUCUACAAAAGAUCCUUGCAAACCUUAUGCUUGUAGAAUUCAAGCUUGUUUGAAAGAAAAUAGCUUUCAAGAAAAACCUUGCCAGACCGUCAUUGAGGAUAUGCGAGAUUGUUGCAGGAAGUGGAAGGACAAGAGUUUCGUAUGUGGAGGUAUUGAUACAACAAAAAAACGAGAAAAAGUUCUUAGAAUAAUACUAGUGAUUUAUGGCAUUCAUCAUGAUCAGAUUUCCAAAUUAAAAUACACAGAUAUCGACUAUAAGGUUUUCACUGAUGCCUCACGGCAUUAUUUGGAAGGUAACUCACCUUAUAAUAGGCACACUUAUCGUUAUAGCCCGUUAGUAGCUAUAAUGUUAAUUCCAAAUAUUACAGUACAUCAUAGCUUUGGAAAAGUUCUCUUUUGUAGUAUUGAUAUUAUAGUAGCACUUUUGAUAAGAUUAAUUGUUAAAAAUACUAUAAAAGAGUAUGAAUGCUACAAACAAAAGGAUUCAAAGAAGUCCAAGCUACAAGAUAUUAGUAAGCUAAAAAAUUCAAAUGGAAAGAACAGAAAAAAACUUCGGCAAUCAAAUAAACAACAUUUAAAUGUCACCAAAGCAGAGUUAGAGUCUAAAAAUUAUAUUGAUCAAACAUCAGAUAUAGCUAUGAUGCUUUGGUUGUAUAAUCCAAUGACUAUAGCCAUUGGUACAAGAGGAAAUUGUGAUACUUUUGCAGGAUUUUUAGUCCUUUUAACAUUAUACUUUCUACAGUGUAAACGAUAUAUAUUUCUCACAGGCAUUGUACAUGGAAUUUCCAUCCAUUUUAGGUUGUAUCCAAUCAUAUACAGCUUAACAUACUUUAUGUUUUUGAGCAAGUAUUCUUUUUACACCACUGAAGAUCGUAGGAAAAAUUUACAAAAGCCAUUAGCCAUAGAUGAAACUCCAAACUUGAAGAAACUUAAAAACAUUGAGAAUACUAUUGUCCAAACAUCCUCUAUGGGUGGUCAUAAGCUAGUGCCACAAAGCAAUAAGACUGAAAAGCAAACUAUCUUUAAAAAAGAAUACUUGGUGUACUUAGUUCCAAAUUUAGAUCAGUUAAAACUGAUUUCUGGUUGUCUCUUAGUAAUCUGA